AGACAAAGGCAACAUUAGCUCAUUUCACAGGUGUUUCUUGGUGGCACUGGUUUCACUCGAUGCGGGGAAUCUUUAGAUCUGCGAACCAUCGGAACCGGAAGUUCCUUUGUUUGAGCAACUUGGAGAAAAAGACGAGAAAACAGAAGGAAUAGAAGAUAGAGAGAGAAAGAGAGCGGACUGCCUUAUCUUGGUGAAAGCCAAGGAACAAAGAUGGAGGUUCUGGAAUUGGUACAUAUCUGCAUUAAACAGGAGAUGCCUGAACUGGAAUCUGUCCACAUUAAAGAAGAGGAGACUGAACUGGAGUCUGUCCACAUUAAGGAAGAAGAGACUGAACUGGAGUCUGUCCACAUUAAAGAAGAGGAGACUGAACUGGAGCCUGUCCACAUUGAAGAAGAGGAGACUGAACUGGAGCCUGUCCACUUUAAAGAAGAGACUGUACUGGAGUCUGUCCACAUUAAAGAAGAGACUGAACUGGAGUCUGUCCACAUUAAAGAAGAGGAGACUGAACUGGAGCCUGUCCACAUUAAGGAAGAAGAGACUGAACUGGAGUCUGUCCACAUUAAAGAAGAAGAGACUGAACUGCAGUCUGUACACAUUAAAGAAGAGUCUAUUGACUUGUUUAAGGAUUCAGAAAACCUAUCCCGACCAAAGAUAUCACGUCGCUGUACUGAAUGUGGUAAGAGCUUCAGUCGGUUAGGAAGCCUAAAAACACACCAGCGAAUUCACACUGGAGAGAAGCCGCAUCAAUGUACUGAAUGUGGAAAGAGCUUCUGUCAGUUAGGAGACCUAAAAAAACACCAUAAAACUCACACUGGAGAGAAGCCAUAUUACUGUACUGAAUGUGGUGAGAGAUUCAGUGAGUCAGGAAACCUAAAUAGACACCAGAGAAUUCACACUGGAGAGAAGCCGUAUCACUGUUCUGAAUGUAGGGAGAGCUUCAGUCGCUUAGAAAACCUAAAAACACACAAGCGAAUUCAUACUGGAGAGAAGCAGUAUCACUGUACUGAGUGUGGGGAGAGCUUCAGACAAUCAGAUACCCUAAAAAAACACCAGCGAAUUCACACUGGAGUGAAGCCAUAUCACUGUACUGAAUGUGGGAGGAGCUUCACUGAAUUGGGACACCUAAAAACACACCAACGAAUUCACACUGGAGAGAAACCGUAUCACUGUAAUGAAUGUGGGAGGAGCUUCAUUGAAUCGGGACACCUAAAAACACACCAACGAAUUCACACUGGAGAGAAGCCGUAUCACUGUACAGAAUGUGGGAGGAGCUUCAUUGAAUCGGGACACCUAAAAAGACACCAGCGAAUACACACUGGAGAGAAGCCAUAUCACUGUAGUGAAUGUUGGAAGAGCUUCAGACAGUCAGACACCCUAAAAAGACACCAGCGAAUUCACACUGGAGAGAAGCCAUAUCACUGUACUGAAUGUUGGAAGAGCUUCAGACAGUCGGACACCCUAAAAAAACAUCAGCGAAUUCACACUGGAGAGAAGCCAUAUCACUGUAAUGAAUGUUGGAAGAGCUUUAGACAGUCAGACAUCCUAAAAAGACACCAGCGAAUGCACACUGGAGAGAGGCCGUAUCACUGUAUAGAAUGUGGGAGGAGCUUUAUUGAAUCAGGACACCUAAAAAAACAUCAGCGAAUUCACACUGGGGAGAAGCCAUAUCACUGUAAUGAAUGUGGGAGGAGCUUCAUUGAAUCGGGACACCUAAAAACACACCAACGAAUUCACACUGGAGCCAGCCUCCCACCCUCCCAGUCCCUCACCUCUCCACCCUACUUGUUUGAAUGUGUGGAGAACUGACUUAUUCCUUGUCUCUCUCUCUCUCACAUCCUGCAGUAAAUGAGGGAGGGGGAACAGGAGUGAGAGGCAGCCUGAAUCCAGAGAAACUGAGAAGGGGAGCAUGUCAAACUGAAGGAGACAGACCCAUUCUUUCAGAAUGAACUCGAGAGCCCUGGGAUUCAGCUCCACUCCUGCCCCUGAAUUGGAAAUGAAUCUCACUCAUGCUGUGAGGAUUUAGGACAGAGUUACAGGGUCAUGCUACUUAAAAGGGACACAUUAGAAAUAUAUGCCGUAUAUGUGUGAUAUGAACCCAACAUAUUAAACAAAGCUGCCAAUAACAUAUAUUAUAUUUUUAAAAUACAAUUUGAGCUAUAAAUGGCAUUGCUGUCCCAGUGUCGGUGCGUACAGUAAACGAUACAGAAGUGAAUUGUUUAAAAGCACCCAAAAACUAAGAAUAUCUUCAUGGGUGUGGCAGCAAUGUGUGCUUCAUCUAACUAGAAUGGCCUCUAAGCUAUUGCACCAGUGCAAACAUAAACUGAAACAACCUUGUGUUUUUUAAUUAUGUGUUUUAUUUCAAGUGGUGCACAUUUUGCAUUGGAGCAAAUGCGGUUUUGGUUUUGAAUGAAUUUAAAUGAAUGGACCUGCUUUGCUGAGUGUUUAAAUACUGAGAGACUUCAAGCUUGUUGUCUGCUGGAGCCCUACUUCAGUGCAAUGGGAUUGCAAUUCCUAUGUUUUUUUAUUGGGUAGAUUGCUGUAUGUCCAAUUAUUAUGACAGACCCACAAUAGUAGAGCUGUAAAAAUAUACUGUAAAACGGAAAAGGUUCAAGCAAACAAGUUAAACAUCUGCAAAACAUACAUGCUGCACAUUACCAUUAUUAAUACAUGCAGAGUUUAUACAGUUUAUGAAUAAUUGAUCUAAACAAUCUGCAGAAUGAAGUUGCCUCAGUAACAGAGCUGGUGCUUUUGUGGAAUCACCAUUAGUGUUUAUUCAUUUUGGGCAAAAUAUGGCUUGUUUGCUUGUAUUUUGUAUUAGUAUGCUGUCAUUAGAGUGACAAUACAGUACAUCCUAAGCCAAGCUUUGCUAUUUAGAAAGGAUUUCAUUCACUUUGAGUUUGAGUUCCUGUACGUUUUCCAGUAUCUCUGUAUGUAUAUAAAGGGUGUGUGAGAAAUUUGUAGUUGUAAUUGAAUGUACUUUGUACUUUGUAAAAUGACAUUUCAAAUCUUAAACUGUUAGACUUCAGAUGGUGUGAUGUUAAUUAAGUUUGUCUUCCCCCUUCCUUUCUUCCCCCUUAACGUUCUCUAGCCCUUAGCGGUCCAUUUAUUCAGCGCGUCUCCGGCACGUCAGGUCCAAUUUAUUUUCAACGCGCUGUUUAUUUUCCCCGCACUGUUUAAAAGUAUUUUUUUCACAGUAAAACAGGUUUAAAAGGCACUGCAUAUCAACAGGACACUCAGUAUUGCAUCUCCAGCCCCGCCCCACCCCUUGUUCGCUGUGUUUUUCACAUACCUCUUCAUAGUAGUGCAUACUGAUAAAUCAUCUCCUGAUCACUCGUUUUUAUCACCAAACUCCUCAAUAAUGUGAUCCAAGUAAUUUUAUUAUAAUAACAUCUCAAAAAGCUCUGCAAAUGUCUGUGAUAUUCUUUGAGCGCUGGAUGCAGAAGCAGCUAUCCUUGUUUGUCAGUGUUAUCUCUGUGGUGCAGGGGCUGUUUGUAUUGCUCAGAUCUGUCCCCUUUUUUUCCCGGUUCCUAUUGGUCUCACUAGGCCAUUGAAAGAUUUUCUCUGCUUUUUCCGGAGAAAAAAUGACUAGAGACCUGUGCUUGACAUCUUUUUGAUGACCGGAAAGGGAAAAUUGUAAUGUCGGACCUGGUCCGACAUAAGACCGCAAAGGGCUAGAUCUACUUCAGAGGACUAGAUAUUAGUAAAGGAGGGUAGUAAAGAUUUCAGUUGGUGAACAGUUUAGAUUACCUGUUGUGCUGAGCUCCGUAAAGUUGCCCUACCUACAAACGUUGAGUCGUAUAUCAUUUGUUGCGCCGUUAAAACAAAAGUUUGUGCCGCUAUAGUUUUUAGAUAUUAACAAUAUUUUUUUAGGGGAGUGACGUCACUCAGCCCCCCUUCAAUAAUGGAGUUGAACCAAGCUUGUCUCAUUUGUUUGUGCUACGUUUGUGUUGGUCACUGCUGUAAAAUGAAUGUUAGUGCUGUUUUCCUUCAAGAUUUAUUCAUGAUUCUGUAUAGGGUUUGUUGUAUCUUAAUAUAAAAUAAACUUGAUUAUACUGAGUUUGUAUUUUUAGCAGUAUUAGCAAUAAAAAGUAUGUCUGUGACCGUACGUGAUUUUUUUUUUAAUCCCACGAUAUUGCGAUAUGGAAAUGAUCUAUCCAUGUCAUAUCAAAAUAUCGAUAUUGGUGCCCACCCCUAGUUUAAACCAAAUAUGGGUCAUUCGUUUAUGUUGCUUACACAAGUCAGUACUAUCAAAAUAAAUAUGAAUAGCAAUGGAAGAAAGUCCAGUCUUUAUUUCAUCACUAGCAUAGCUUUAUUCUGCUCAGAGCGAGAUCCUAACACACUUUUUAGGAAAGUAUAGAAAAAGUGUGUCCUCUUAUUCACUUACUGUUUCAUAGUGUAAUGAAUCUGAAACAAGUGUACAUUGAGGAUGCAUAGACAAUGUUGUGAUUUUUGGGGGUUUUUUGUGCAUCUCAAAAUGUUCAAGUUCUACUUACUAUUAUUCAGUCCUCAUGCCUUAAGUGUAUGUAUAUUAUGAGCACUGAUAUUCCGUGAAAAACCCCAAUAUGUACAAUUACUUCCCUAGUGCUGUUCACACCCCCCUUCACUGUCUUAAAGGGAUUCUCUGGUAACACAGCACUGACCAGCUGACCUAGUGCUAACGAAUGGUAUUAUUAUUAUUAUUAUUAUUAUUAUUAUUAUUAUUAUUAUUAUUAUUAUUAUUAACAGUAUGUACAAAACAAUAAUUACAUUUACACAGGAUAUCAUGGGUUAUCGUUUGAAAAAUGUCCAUCUCUGUCACAGAAUGAAUAGUCCCACCCGCCAGAAUAAUACACAGUCCUAUGAAAUACAGCCCCCGAUGCAUUCCUUAUGAAAUGUUCCUCUGUUAUUAUACUGAUUCAUUAUUAGCCUUUAUAUGGUCUUACUAAAUACUACAGAUAACUAAAAGAAACGGGUGUGAUAACAUCCAUCAUCUUAUCAUUGUAACACAAAGAAGACUGUUGAAGUUGAAAUAUGUCCAUUGUUUCCAUGAUUUUCUGACUGCUUUAUGUCCUGGAUGUCGUAGCCUGCUGUGCCUCAGAUGUCUAAAUGCUUUUAAACAACACUAAAGUGGAAACAAUUUUAAAGACAAUUAAAGACAGUAAGUUUACCUUUGGUAUUAUAGUAAAUAAACAAGAUGUGGAGUAGUGGUUAGGGCUCUGGACUCUUGACCGGAGGGUCGUGGGUUCAAUCCCAGGUGGGGGACACUGCUGCUGUACCCUUGAGCAAGGUACUUUACCUAGAUUGCUCCAGUAAAAACCCAACUGUAUAAAUGGGUAAUUGUAUGUAAAAAUAAUGUGAUAUCUUGUAACAAUUG